AAAAGCGUCUGCUAAAUGACUGUAAUGUAAUGUAAUAUUCCGCUUUGUAGCUUAUUUCUUACGAUAUAUGAGUUUAUAGAGUAUACAUUUGAACAUAGAUUUCUUUGUUCAAAAUUUUGAUAUUUUGAGAGUAUGGCACUUGAGCUACAAUAUAAUCCUGGUGAUUGUACAAUAAGACACAGGCAUACAGAGGAGCACAUUGUGGUUUGCUGUCUGAGUGCAGGAGUUCAUAAACAUUAACAGAGUCAUAUGACUGUCAGUGUGACAAUCUGUUGUAUAAUAAUUAAAAGGAAGUCAAACCUCAGCUGUACUUCUAGUCAGAAUCUGUUUACUCUAACUGACAAUAAGCUCCUCUAAGCAUGUGAUUUAGCAUUUACAAGUCAUGUACUUUCAGUGAAUUAACACACAAUAAUGAGGCGAUUUAAGGUUAUUCAAUAUUAUUGUAACAUUUGCUUAUUUUAGCUGCUGUUAGAGGGACUGCGAUGGAGACAUUUGGCCUCAGGAGGACCCAGUCCCUGAGGAGUCUUUCUGGGGUUCAGGAGAGGUCAUGGGUCAUGCCAGCUCCCACCCGCUGGGACAGGAAGUCUGUGUCUCAGCUGGUAGAACAUUACCAAAGCUGUGCUGACCUGAGGGGUAUCGAAAAACAGGAGCAUAAACUUCCGGUGUCAGAAAGCUGUGUGGACGGUCGAUGGAGGCAACUGGAGGGCGGCGAGAACGUGGCCAUCUGGGAAUCCGGAGGAAGCUCCAAUUUGUCCAGGAGUCGCUCCAUGGACUUCCUCCCUCAGAGGGAGUCGUCAGGCACCAGAGCUCUGUGUGCCCUGUUUGAGUCCAAGGCCACCCUGCAGCAAGGCUUCAACAGCAGCCCUCGGAUGAACUCAGCCUCUGCUACUGGCAGUAACACAGUGAGAGACUGCCCUCUGCUGGAUUGGAGAAGUCACAAGGAAACAACCAUUCAGAGAGCCGCCCAGGUGGAAGGCAGAAAGGCCAUGAAUGGACUCCCAGAGUCUUCAGCCACAGCAUCCAGAUACUCACAAGAUGACAAAUAUAGUCCAUCACUGACCAAGGGGGGCACGCCAACAAGACAAAGCAGAGACAAGAUAUCUACUUCCUCCUCGGUGAGAGACAGAUCAGCCUUCUAUCUGUCAAGAGCAGCAGCUAUCGACUCCACAGGAGGCGCAACACAGCCAGAAUUCGUCAGUACUCCAGGAACGAGAGCUAAAAGCAGUAAGAUGGCUGAAGCAGGCAGGAAAAUCACAGUUUCACGAUCAUCUCAUGAUGAAGAUGACCUGCCUCUCCCCCCACCUCCUCCCGUACCACCCAGACCCGUUGACUAUGAAGGGCCUUCAGCAAUAAGUAGCCUCCCUCUGCCUCCACCUAAAGAAACCUUUUCCACAUUUUACCAGCAACGGAAUAAGAGUGAGCUAAAGAGGCUCUUUAAACACAUCCACCCAGGCAUAAGGGCAAGUCUCGAUGAUGCAGUGGACGAUGAGAUAAUGAAGGCAGUGCAGCCAGAAAAUACUCAAGCAGCAGAUGCAGCUUAUCAAGGUGAAGUGCAGUCCAUGAGGUGGAUCUUUGAGAACUGGACUCUGGACAAUAUUGGGGAUCCUCAUGCAACCAAGAAGCUGCUGGAUGAUGAGGAGUUAAAAGGUGGAAACGUCAGGGGUACCUCCUCUAUGUUUGAGCACAUUGACAGCACCCAACACAUGUCUGCUAAAAGACAGAAUUCUGUCAGAGGGGAUGUGAGAACAUCAACAUGGCUGUUUGAGACCCAGCCCUUAGAUUCUCUAAAUGAAUCAAAAAGAGAAGAGGGUGAGCUGGUUGAAGCAAUGCUGAAAGAACCUAUCCAGCCAGGAGAUGUAACAGGGGCUCGGCUGCUUUUUGAGUCUAAACCAUUGAGUGACUUUGGGCGCUGCAACUCCAUAGAAGACCACAGCUUCCUCAAACUCAGAUCUGAGCUUCAGGAGCAGAAAGGAGAUGUCCAGAAGACUUUAAAACUCUUCCAGGCAGACCCUUGCUGUGCCAUCAGAGACAACAGUGGCAAUAUCCAUGAGAUUAAAUCCAUCUGCAGGGAGGAGAUCAACAGCAGCAACAUCAGCACUGCCCGUUGGCUUUUUGAAACCCAGCCUUUGGAUCUGAUUAAUAAGGGAACUGAUGGGGUAAAAAUAAUCCGGGGUAUAUCUCUGGAAGAGGCUCACAGAGGAGGAGUUGACCAAAAGAGGUGGAUGUUUGAAACUCAGUCAUUUGACACAAUACAAGAAGUCAUCGGAGUGGACAAGUUUGAAGGAACGGUGGCUGAUUGCACUGGAGAGGCCGACGUUGUGAACAAGAGGAAGCUCUUUGAGAUGCAACCCUUGGCAGCACUAAAAGGAGACUCCGCAGAGCAGUCUUUGGAAAAGGAAGAAAUUAUUGCGGGAGAUGUCAAGACUUCUCUGUGGCUGUUUGAAACUCAACCCAUGGAGACCCUUAAUGAUAGCUAUGAAGUUGGUCAUUUGAAGAAAGUUACCCUUUCAGCUGAUGAACAAGGAGAAGUAAAAGGCAAAAAACAAAUAUUUGAGAGCUGCAGGAUUCAAAAGAACACCUCAUUCAAAGAACAAGAGAUUGAAAAGGGCGAUGUUAAAGGAUUCAAACAUCUUUUUGAAACAAUUCCACUGAGCAAAAUCGCUCAGUCUAAUGAAGAGUUGAUUGAGGUGGAAAAGGCGAUUGCAGCAGGAAACGUAAAAGGCACCAAAGCAAUGUUUGAGACAACUCCUUUAUAUGCAAUAAAGGACAGCUCUGGAAACCUCCAUACAGUCACAACAGUCAGCCGAGAAGAAUUAAUCAAAGGAAAGGUCCAAAACUAUAAGUGGAUGUUUGAAACAAAGCCUUUAGACGAGCUUGCAGAAAGAAAAGCAAAUGUUGAGGUGAUCAAAGGCAUCACCAGACAGGAGGAUACAACGGGCAAUGUCAAGAUGGCGAAGUGGCUUUUUGAAACCCAGACAAUAGAUGGGAUCCACUCCAAGUUCAACCAGACGGAGCAGGAUGCUUCUGUAGAAGACGAGCAUCGUAAAGGUGAUGUCAACAACUGUAAAUGGUUAUUUGAGACACAACCAAUGAACAUUUUGUAUGACAAAUCAGAAAACAUCAAUGAUAAAGAAGCCAUUGACAAUACCAAUGUCAAGUCCAUUACUUGGCUUUUCGAAUCACAGCCUCUAGACACCAUCAAAGAUGGCGAAGAGUACAAUCUGAAGCUAUGCAACACCAUACAGGAUUCUGUCAAAUCGGAGGUUGGUGUUCAAACAGUCAAACAUGUUUUUGAAACUGAAACCUUGGAUAGAAUAAGAAAGGAUGCAAACUCUGAACACAAUGUGAGAUGUGUCAGCCAGGUCAACUUUCAGUCUGGAGAUGUCUCACGAGUCAAAGAACUUUUUGAAUCCCACUCUCUUGAUGAAAUAGGAUCAGAAAUGGUGACAUCUGAUGAACAGAACCAAGACGAACACCUGGUAAAAGGUUCCGUACAUAAAUGUACCUGGAUGUUUGAGAACUGUCCCAUGAACCAGAUGAAUAAGGACAUUGAGGGUGCAAACAUUCAGAGAGUCAGUGGUGAAGAAGGUGGCGAUGUACAAAACAAAAAGUUUAUAUUCGAAACUUCCUCACUGGACAAAAUCCAGGACCAGCCCCUUGAACAGAAGUCAGACUCUGUGGAGGAGCCUGUGAGCAGUGUUGACGUAAAGUCGAGCACAAUGAUGUUUGAGUCCCUGCCACUGUAUGCCAUCAGAGAUAAAGAGGGAGAGUUUCAUGAAGUUACAACUGUGAAAAAAGAGGAGGUAAUGAGUGGUGAUGUCAGAGGAGCAAGGUGGAUGUUUGAGACAAAACCCCUUGACGCCAUCAAGGCAGACAAGGAAGUUUACGUCAUCCGAGCUGUAACCCAGGAAGAUGUCAAGAAAGGAGAUGUGAAAUCAGCCAGAUGGAAGUUUGAAACACAACCUUUGGACUCCCUUACCAGCCGAGAUGAGCCCUCUGUCCGGGUCAUUGAAGACUUGGGAAGCAGUAAUGUGCAACUCAAUAAACAGAUAUUUGAAUCUGAGCAGUCAUGCCAGAAAUUCAUGCGAAUGGUUAGUGUCACCGACGUCCAGCAUGGCGACGUCAGGACCUCCACCUGGCUCUUUGAGAAUCAAACCAUUGACAGUCUGAAAGGGGAACCUCAGGAGCAAGGUCCGGUAAAAACUACGGUCCACAGAGAAGACAGCCAGAAAGGAGAUGUGAAACGCUGCACUUGGCUGUUUGAAUCACAGCAACUUGACAAAAUCAAGGAGCCUGAGGAUACCUCAGUGCAAGGUUCUGAGGAGGAAAUACCAAAAGCUGAUGUGAAGUGCACUACCUGGCUCUUUGAGACCACUCCACUGGACAAAAUCACUGCCAACAGUGUUGCUGACACCCUGUCCUAUCUGUACCAAAUGACUUUCGUUCACUCAAGCGGCAUCAUUAUAGAAGCAAAUGAGAGUAAGAAUGUUAUGAUGGCAAAAUAUCUGCUGGAAGUCAAUGAAGGUGUGCAAAUUCAGAAAGAAGAAGUUGUUGGGGGUAACAUCAGGAAUAUCAUGUUACAACUCUUACUCAAACCAACCCUAAAGCCCCAAGUCAGUCUUCUUAGAGAAGUGGAGAAGGGCAAAAUGAAUACCACAGUAGUAGAACUUCCAGUCUACGAAUCAGCCACAAUUAUCAACCUCGAGAGGGAUCAAAGAAUACAAAACAUUGUCCAGAGGAUCGAGGAAGUGCUUGUCCAAGAUAAGGAUUUCAAAAAAGGAAUCAUAAUGCAAGAGACUGCGGGGGGGCAAGCAGAGAUGUCAGUAUAUUCACUCAUCUGCGAUUCUGAAACCAAAACCGAGGGUCAUGUUAUAGAGAGGGGAGACAUAAAGUCUACGAUUGGAAAUCUGUUGGCAACUGCCAAUAGUCAGAAGACUGCGGCGUCAUGUAGAGUGGAUGAAAAUGAAAAGGGAAAUGUGAAUCUGUACAAAAGUUGCAUUGAGAAAGGAGACUUGAACUAUCUGAAAAGUCUUCAUACUAAUGCAACAGCAGAUGAAGUUGAUCACAGCCUUCUGGCUGAAGGGUACAUUGAAAUAGUUCAUGGAGAUGUGAAGGAAGCAAAGAGAAGUCUCUGUUUGCAAAAAGAGCAGGUAGAGCGAACCAUUUCUGAUGUUUUGCCAGGAGAUGUAAAGAACACCAAAAAAGUUUUUGCGUCGGAGUGCUCUCUCUGUGUUGAGAACUGCGCUCCAAAGGAAGAAAUAAUCCCUGGGGAUAUCUUAUCAGCAAAGCAACAACUUGCAGUGCAGCAACCUGUUGUGGUGGAAAAAGAGGAAAUUGUGGCUGGGGACAUCAAGGCAACACUGCAGUCAUUAGAACGCGCAAAGCAACAGAGCAUGUGUGUGGAACGGGAGAUCAUUAAACCUGGAACUAUCUAUGACAUGGACUUGUCAGGCCCUGAAAUAGAAGGAAACCAAGCACAAAAAGAGGUCAUUAUUUCUGGAGAUGUGAAAGCAGCUAAAAAGUCCCUUGAAGUGGCCAAGCAGCAAAGCAUGCUUGUGGAGCGCGAAGUCGUUUUUCCUGGAAAAAUAUACAACCUGAAUGUCACAGCACAAGAAGAAAGCUCUUCCGAAGUGAUGCAAUCUACAUCUUCGUCUUCCUCCAGAUGCCAGCAAAUCAAGACGUAUCCAAAGGUCAGUGAUGCAGAGAAAGAUCAGGGAAGCCAUGUUUCCUUUGAGGCUUGUCAACAAAAUGCAGUUAUAGUCAGUAAUUGUGCACCAGGAUCACUGCUGCCUUUUGUAAGUUGUGAGUGUAAUGGUCAGACAACAGAAGAUGAGACAGAAGAAGUUAUCAGAGGAGAUGUGAAGGCAUCUAUUAGGUCUCUGCAGAGUGCAGCAACAGAGCAGAAGCUCCUAGAUAAAGAAGAUAUUGUAAGAGGUAAUGUCCAAUUGGCUUUGCAAUCUCUUGAGAAGUCUAGUGUAAAUGUAUCCAAAGGAGACUAUAAAGCUGCAAUGAUAUACAGGAAUUCAGGGAAGGCUUGUUCAGGAAGGAGCAAGACUGUUCAGAAGCAGUGUGUUGUGGUCUCUAUGCCUCCAUCUGACACAGUGUUGUCUCCUUCAAUUUCAGUAAGCUGUGAAGGACAACCAUCCAAUACAAUACAGAAUUCAACACCCAACCCUGUAGCAAAUGGAAUUUCUAAAUCAUCCAGCUCUGUGAGUGUCACUCCACCUCCACUCCCUCAAAAGACAAGUGAGAAACCUCAGGAGCAGAAGCCAGCUUUACCUCCAAAGCCACAAUGGACAAAAUCAGUAGUUGUAGAACAACCAAAUAUUUUAGCUGCUCCCGAAGUCACUUGCCACAAUAAAGACAACAUGCAAAGUGCAAUGAUUCCUCCAAAACAAAGCAAACCAUUUCCUACGCCCUCUCAAGAUAAACCUCAAAGAACCAUAUCACAUGGCAAAAUCAGUAUAGAGACCCUACAUGAAACAUCCCACCAAAACUGUAUUGAAGCAUCGCAAGACUUAAAUCAAACAAUGGACUCUAUCAACAAUCUAUCAAUGGACUCAAAGGCUCAGGAAACUAGGAAGAAAAAGAAAACACAGACAGGGAGCAAAUCAGACUGCCAAGGAAUGAUGUCGAACAGCACUGUGGAGCAAGUGGAAAUGGAGAGAAAUGUAAUACAGAAAAUCAAUGCAGCUGAUGAGAUACAAAUGUGCAUGAAGAAUUAUGCAGAAGAUGGUCAAUAUGAAAGGAACACGAGCUUGCAGGCUGCUUUAAAGAACUUUGAAAGAAGGGAAAGUGAGACUGGAGACAAAAGAGCCCCUUUGUUGUCCAAGAAGGUAAAAGUGCUAAAUGAAAAUGUAAGUGACCAUAAACAAACCAACAAAACCACUGCUCACCAACACAAAUCACCUCCCAAGAAGAAACUCAACACCGAUGACGCACUGCAAACAUCAAAGACCAAGAGAUGCCAUGAACAGCAAAAUGACCUCAAUGAAAAGCCACCCAAACUCGAGGAUAAAGUUGUUUUAAGAGAGAAGAAAUUAAAGGAGACAGAUGAUGAAAGACGACAAAGGCUUUCUGUCCACAAGGAGGAGAUCAUGAAGGGAAAUGAGAAAGCAGCCAUGGAAAUCUUUGAAAAUCUGAGGAAACGAGAGGAACUCCAAGGAAUCCUGUCUCAAGUGCAAGACAUAGAGGGAGAUGACAGCAGUAUAGAUGUUAGCUCCUUCAAGACGUUAUAUGAGACUGUCCCUGCUUGGAUGGUUACACCAAGUGGAGAUGCAAAGCAAAGUAAAAUGGAGGAAAAGAAAGUUGAAGUAGAGACACAUGACGAUGAUCUAGAAAGCAUCUCGUCAGUUGAAACUGCAUUUGAAGAUCUGGAAAAGGCAAGCAAGGAAAUAAUGAAUCUGAAGGAACAAACAUUAGCAAAACUUCUUGACAUUGAAGAGGCCAUUAAAAAGGCUUUGUACUCCGUCUCCAAUCUGAAAUCUGAGGCUGACAUCUCAGGGUUGUCAGGACUAUUUGAUGAAUCUUUGAAAUCUGAGCAAAACUUCCAACCUGCCAACAACAUCAGGAAAAUAAGUAUUGUGUCAAGCAAGGCCAAAUUGGGUCAAACCAAAGAAACUGUUUUGGAUUCAAGUCCUUCUAAACAAGAAGUGCACAGAAAGGUCCUCAACAAGCCACUCAUCAGACAGUCCUCUUCCCAGUCUUCUCCAUCAUUCAUCUCCAUUCACUCAGCUGCCAGAAAGUCUCUUGAACAACCAAAGUUACCCAUGUCAACAUUUAAACCAAAAACAGAGGGUAAUUCUAAAAAUUACCAUGAUGCAAAUGGUGAUCUCAGACAGAAGUCUGCUGCUAAUGAACCGCCAAAGAACGGUCAGAGUCCUGCACAACGCAAGGUUAGCGUGAUCGAAGUGAAAACGGCUCCAGAGCAACCCGCUGGAAUAGUUGGCACAAAGACUGUCAGUGAAACAUACAAAGAGACUGAUGGCUUUGGCAAUGUAUUUGUUUCAUCUGUGACUUCAACAUUUGUCACCAAACAGUCUGACCGUAAAUCAUCAGCACUGUUUGAAGUAGUCGGUAAUCCAGCCAGAUACGAAGUCAUGACAUCGCCAUUGAUUCGAAGAUCUGGUCGCCUUUUUGAAGAUAAAGUGUCGAACCACACCAAUGAGGACGGGACGGUGUUUGUAACAUUUAGCCAACCAAAGGAAAAGCACUAAAGAAGACAUGCAGUGCAUUUACCUGCCUUUUAGGAAAUCAGUUAUUCCAUUUGUGUAUUUAUUACAAUAUGUUUUUAUGAGAAGGUUUUGUUAGUUAUAAAAUUGAUCUUAUUCAAUCACUAAAAUGUUGCAUUUUAAUGAAAAUAUUAUUUGUCGUCUGGAUUUUAUACUGUAACCACAUGCUAAACUCUUAAGUUCUUGUAUUAAACAUAUGCAGUUGUUCUGUUGUGUAAAUUGUCAAAUAAACAACAAUUUAAAAUA